CCCAACCCGCACUGUCGGCCGCAGCGAAGGAUCGCUGUCCUGCGGCAUUCAGGACAUUGUGUUUAGAAGACAUCUGAGACUUUUGCAGCGUGGACAGCCAGCCGGUCUAUAAUAUUCCUGCGCCAACAUUUAGUUCUAAUUCAUCCUGCUGCGGGGCAGUAAAGCUUGGGCGCUCUGCAGUAGCUGGCAUCAUCCAUGUCCUCAGUGUGGAUAGGGGCUAUUUUGUGAAUUUCGUCUGAAAACAUCUGAUCUGGCAUCAUGAGCAGCACCGUGUUUCAGCAGCAAGCGGUUCACAGCCCUCUGGAGCAGCAGAAGAAGCAAGGAGGAGGAGGAGGAGGGCCCAUCGCCUGUCAGAACUGUGGGAAACCCUGCAAGGGCGAGGCACUCCGGGUCCAGAACAAACACUUCCACAUCAAGUGCUUCGUAUGUAAAGUGUGUGGCUGUGAUCUGGCCCAGGGUGGUUUCUUUGUGCGGCAGGGGGAGUAUAUCUGCACUCUGGACUACCAGCGGCUGUACGGGACUCGCUGCUUCAGCUGCCAGGACUUCAUUGAGGGCGAGGUGGUUUCUGCUCUUGGCAAGACGUAUCACCCCCGCUGUUUUGUCUGCGCCUCCUGCAAACAGCCAUUCCCGGCUGGUGACCGAGUGACUUUUAACGGAAAGGAGUGUAUCUGCCAGAAGUGUACCCUGCCUCUUCCUGCCAAUAGCCCUGCACCUAUCCAGGCUGUGCACAACUGCUGUGGUUGUGGUAAAGAGUUUAAGAAUGAGCAGUCUCUGGUGGCUCUGGACAAGCACUGGCACCUGGGCUGCUUCAAGUGUAAAGUCUGUAACAAAGUAUUGAAUGCCGAGUACAUCAGCAAGGAUGGGAUCCCUUACUGCGAGAUGGACUACCAUGCCAUGUAUGGCAUCCAGUGUGAGAGCUGCAAGAAGUACAUCACUGGCAAAGUCCUGGAGGCUGGGGAGAAGCAUUACCACCCUACAUGUGCCCGCUGUGCCCGCUGCGAGCAAAUGUUCGGAGAAGGAGAGGAAAUGUAUCUCCAAGGAUCGUCUAUCUGGCACCCUCCCUGCAGACAGGCAGCCCGGCAGGAAGAAAAGAGCAAGGUGACCAGGACUUCAUCUGAGAGCAUCACCUCAGUCCCAGCAUCCAGCGCCUCUGGCUCACCCAGCAGGGUCAUCUAUGCCAAGCUGGGAGAGGAGACACUGGAUUACAAGGACCUAGCAGCUCUUCCAAAGGUGAAGGCCAUCUACAACAUCGACCGGCCUGACAUGUUGUCCUACUCUCCAUACGUCAGCUACCCAUCUGAGGAGAGGAACUAUGGCGAGUCCCCUCAGCUGCUUUCUCCUACUCCAACAGAGGGCGAUGGAGAGAAGUCCCCCCGUCAGCGGAGGCCCUCCAGUCCAAGUUCCAACAGCUCCCUGGGGGGUUAUGGACGUUACACCCCGUCCCGCUCCCCCCAGAAUUACAGCAGACCAGGUAGUGAAAGUGGUCGGAGUACCCCCAGCUUAUCCACCUAUUCUGAUGGCAAAUCCCCCUCCUCUACUUCUACGUAUGUAGCUGCUCCACGGCAUUUCCACAUACCAGAGACUAAGGUCAAAGAUAAUAUCUAUAGAAAACCCCCUAUCUACAGACAGCAUGCCUCAAGAACAUCCUGGCAGGAUGGGGAGGACAGCAAGAGGACCAGUUGGAUGAUCUUGAAGAAUGAGAUAGAUGGACAGAUGGGUCCAGAAGACCUGGAUCCCCGCAAAUCAACCUGCAGCCUGCCCACCGACACCUCCCAACCCAAUUUUUCCUACAACAAGUCUGCCUCCUUACCUGGUUACGGAAGGAAUGGCAUCUACAAGGCUGCGGAGAUGGCUGAAGAUGAUGUGGAUCCUGACUCCCAAAGUUGGGGAGGCAUGAGAGAAUACAAGGUCUACCCAUAUGAAAUGCUGGCAGUAACACACAGAGUGAGAGUGAAGCUUCCCAGAGAUGUAGAUCGCACCAGACUGGAGAGACACCUCUCUCCUGAGGACUUCCAGCAGGUCUUCGGUAUGACCCUGGAGCAGUUUGAACGCCUGGCCCUCUGGAAGAAGAAUGACUUGAAGAAAAAGGCACGCCUUUUUUAAAAUAAAUAAAUGAAUGCCAAUGACAUCUCAACAAGCAUCUGUCCCAUCCGGGGAGAGCAGAGAGACAAAAAACACUCAUUUGAAAUAUAUAGAGUAUAUGCACCGCCAUAAUCCCCCUACUUUCCACCUGUAAAACGGCAUGCCAUCUGCCUGUAAAACCACAAGGAGGCACACGGAAAGAAAACUAUGACCAAUGCUGCCUCAUGUCAUUACGGCAGCAUUGGUCAUCUGUAGCUUUUUGUAUGCAAUGUCAUCCAAAUGUCAUUCAAAUGUUUGACUUCAAAUGUUUGACUUUGCCAACCAUAUGCGGGAGGCCAGGGAGAUGCAUUUGCAUGGCCUGUGUUGAUGGUCCUCGCAUUUCUCCUUAUGUGUUUUCUGCAUCUGCCCCUCCAGUCCCAUCCUGUCUCAGCUCCUCCAACAGACAAACAUGAAAUAACAUCUUUUUCUAAUUCUCCUGCAGGCCCUUCUCUGAGUUUCUGUGGUUCUAUCUGUUUACAUGUGCGCACCCUCUUCCAUCAUGUCAAUCUACGCUUACCUUCCUGCUUUUGUCCAAAGUAUUUCAUCCACAGUCAGUUUGUUUUUAAGAUUCCCUGCUCUGUCAUCUCGUCUCAUCAUGUAUAAUUUGCUUGCCUCUCUGCCUUUUUAUCUCUGGCUCUCCAUCAUCUUAGUUGUUCUUCCUGCACUGACUGACUGUAGCAUUGUCAAGCCAACCCACUAGCGCAUCUACAUCUCCAUUUGUAUAAUCUCUUUUUUAGUUUAGGAUGGCAGAGGGACUGACUUGUACACAUUUACUGUUUAAGCAUGUCAAGGCCAAAGCUAGGGAUGAGCCUCUGAUCUUAUCAUGUCCUUUUGUUUUUGCUUUUGUUUUCCUUCCAGUUCUUUUUCAAGCAGAAGGAGACAAGUCUGAGAGUCAGGAGAAACUCAGCAAGUAGUUUUGAUAUGCAUGCCCUGAUAGGGUGAACAUGGUCCCAUAUCUCACACAAGCAGUACAGAUAGGGGAGCCAGCGCUAGAUAGGGGCCACCACACAGCAUGGUAUCACAAAUACAUGGUGGUUGAGGGUGGAAUUAUAGGCCUUCAGAAUGUCACUGCAAUCCCCUUAGCAGACAUCCAGAGGGUUUCAGACUCUACAAAUUUGUCAAACCCACAGCAUUACCAGGUUGGCAUGCACUCACAUCCAAAAAAGUGAGAAUUAUUUUUAUAAGCUAUUUUUGACUUUUGGAAAGGAUCAUUGAACCAGUCAUGAGACACAGCAGAGAUAAAUCUUGGUUUUUGUUACAAAAUGGAUUUAGAAAGCCCCAUGCUGACUUUGUUAAGCUUCACAGCUUCACAGACCUGCAAACAGCACUUAAGCAUAUCAAGUGAAGUCUUGCUUUAUUUUAAAACUAGAUACUAUAACUGUGUUAUAGCUUCUCAGAUUCAACUCUUCAUAUUGUUUGUUUUUUGAAAGCAAUGUCGCCUAAAGCUUCACAUACACAGCUGAAUUACAGCAGCCUGCUUGUUUGCUUGACAGUAAACCAAUCAACAUAGCAACUAACAUACUGUUAUUUGUAUGUGAACAUAUAAUGGACAUAUAUCAGAUCUAUUUGUCUCCAAGGUUGCUAUACAAGCCAUGGUGUAUAACUGCUCUUUGGGCAUGUAUGGGAAUGACAGAAUGGGGUUUAUCGAAUGACCUCCAAUUAGAAAUGUAUGAAAAAAAAAUUCAUCUGUGUGGUUUUGAAUUUAUUUCCUUUCAGUCUUUUGAUUUGAGUGUGUGAUUAUUUUCUGUUCAGAUGUCAAAUGAAAUGCCCAGGUCAGCCGCUUACAGUAUGCUAGCUUGUGUUAACUAUUUAUUUAUUUGCAAUACUUCAGGAAGGGUUUCUUUAAGUCUUGUGGCAAACAUGGGUGUCGUGUCAAAUGAAGGAAUAAUAUCAUUUAGGAGAUAGAUUUUUUGAAAAACAUAUCAAAUUUUAAUUUUAAUCUAACUAAAUGUAUCAAAUCAAAUGUAAGUAACACACUAACCUGUGUCAUAAACCAUCAUGUCCUCUCCUGUCUUGAUUUCUAAUAUUCAUCUGUUAAUAAAGUGCUUUAUUCAAACAGCUAA